AUGUCGGAUAUUCUUUCCUCGUCACAGACCCUCGUUGGUCACUCCGAGCGCACCAACUGGAGCGACCUUGUCGAGUGGAGCGUCGAAGUCGACUUUCUCGUCGCCAAAGAGAAGUCCAGCCAGACUUACACAGCAGAAGCCGACGACCGUACCCGGUGGGCUUGUCCUGCCACCGAGUCCAAUCCCACAGCGGCAUGUGUCGAGCACUGCGCUGAGUACCUCGCCCGCACCCUCAUGAGCAAGCCUUGCGUCCAAGGCGCCGUUGCGUAUAAGAAUGACAGCACAGCCCCGGAUGAUCUUGCUUUUACCAUAGAAAAGCCAGUCAAGGGCGAAGAGCCAAGCGGUGGUGACCAUCGUAUGGCCUACUGGCUCUUCACUCCAGCUCACAACGCUGUUGCUACCACUAGCAGCCCUGGAGACUACGAAUGGGUCGGAGUUCGCCUCCGCUGUCCCUACACUUCGCUGCUGUCCAUCCUCCCAAAGGACCGAUAUGGAGAUCAAGACCUCGGAAGAGGAACUGCCCAGUCAGGGAUGGCCCCAAUUUCCCCCUUCAGGGGCAAGAUCGAAAUGGAGACUGUCCUAGGUCUUCUUCGCGCCGACACCAAGAUUCACAGUAACUCUACAUGCCAGCUCCGCGUAUACAUGAACCUCCAGCAUGAAGGCUUCGACCUUACAGACGCCAAGAAGGCGCUCACGCUGGUCUGGCUCCUGGAGCCAGAGCUUCUCCUCGCCCUGCGACCUGAUACCAAGGACCCGAAGCUCAGUCACUAUGUCCCAAUUACAGAGUCAUCCAACAUUGCCAUGAGGCCAAGCAAAUUCCUUCAAGAGGGCUCCCUUGACCAAGAUGAGCGCGAGCGGACUUUGGCGUUGUCACGGCCUUCGUUCCCCGUUGAGGCGGAAAUCAUGGACAACUACAUCCCCCAGUUGAAGAACCAACUCCUCCAGGAGCGCAUCCACAUGAUCUGGAGUGCGGUCACGCUGCCCGAGCUUUCCGGAAUGCUCAAGAACACUGCCGGCGAGAUGACGGUCGCGCUAGACCUCGCCCCAGACACGAAGCCGAAGCUGGUGUUCCGCUAUGGCCUGUGGCAUCCCCAGCGUGAGGCCAUGCAGUAUUGGCUUCACCUAUUUGGACGUCUCUUCCUCUUUGCCGUGGCUUCUGACGCUAAGCGCUUCAGAACGGCGGUGGCAAGCAUCGAGGAGAAGAUUGCGGAAGUUGAGAGGAUGGAGCCCAAGGAUCGUAUGGAAGCAAUGCUGACGCAUUCGUUCGACCAUGCCCUCAGCCAUUACUGGAACGCACUCAAGAGGGCAGAGCAAAGUGGAGGAUGUCUCUCUACAACGGCCUUGGACGGCCAGGGGGUAAUGGAGGUUGGUUCCGCUAGAACCUAUGCUGUUGACUCGGAGAGCAGCUCCUCGUCCUCGUCGAACGAAGGGCUCUGGCUCAGGCGCUCAUAG